UUUAAAAUUACAGAUAACCCAUCGCUCUAAAUUCACUAUACGUUUUACGAUAGUGUAAAGCGAUACUAUAAUUUUUUAGCUUGAUAUUUUAAGCUCUUUGAAACUUCUGAUCUUUCAGCUAAUACGGUACUGUCUACUCGUUGAGCAUAAGUAUUCCAUGAAUUAAUCGCAUAACGACACUGAGCAUCUGUCAAAUAUCGAUAUUAGAGGUGGAACAUGAUGAAUUCAAAUAUCUGCAUUGGUCUUGAAGUUCGUUUCAAAUUGGCGGCAACAAAAAAGUUGUUUAGUUCUGCAUAUGUAAAGCAUGAAACGCCAAAUACUUCCAUUGCUUACUUUGAUGCUGCCCUUCCUGGGUCUAUGCCGGCAUUGAAUCCUGAGGCUUUAAGACUUGCCGUUCAAGGAGCACUUGCGCUUAACUGUGAUAUUGCUUCAGUUUGCCAAUUUGAUCGAAAGUUAACCUUUCAUCCUGAUUCAUUAGCUGGUUAUCAAAUAACUCAGCAUGAGAUGCCAUUGGGAGAAAAUGGAUAUAUAGACCUUUCUCAAAACUUGGACGGUGUGAAGAAUAUUCGCAUUCCUAUUCAGUCGGUCAAAUUAGAGCAGGACAUUGAAGAAUCUGUUCGAAUGGAGCACCCUAAAAAGCACUUUUUAAAUUUUAAUCGUGCCGGCUCAUCCAUGAUCAAAAUUGUUGUGCCUCCAUGCUUGCAUGACGAACAGAUCGCUGGUGCCCUCUUGUAUAAAUUACGAAUGGUGCUUUUGCAUGCAGGACUUUUGUACCAUGAAACGGAGCUUGACGGAAUGCAAUGUCGUGUUAGUAUUUCUAGUAAUACGGAGUCAUCUAAUCACAAGAAUUUGAUUUCUGGUGUAAAGCCAUUCGAAACAGAACUUGAGAAUUUAUUUCUCAUAAAAAAUGUGAUGGCUGCCAUUCAAUCAGAAGUACGUCGUCAGUUUUCACCCGCUGAAGAGAACGAUCCAUUUCAAAAACAAGUGAGAGCUUUUGAUGAAAAAACCGGGAGAACAUUCUUCCUUCGCGAAAAACCACUUUUUGAGAAUUACUUGUAUGUUCCUGAGACGGAUAUACCUCCUAUUAGCUUGUCCAAGUCAUACAUUGAAAAACUAAAACAAACUAUGUGUCCUCAACCUGACGCUCUUUAUGCGACACUUACAUCUAAGCCAUACAUGCUAUCUAAUUCUGAAGCUCGCGCUCUUUUAUGUUAUGCUAAGGGUUAUUCCUAUUUUACUUCAGUGUGGGACGCUAUCAUUUCUCAGAAAAGCGUUCUUUGUAAUACUGCCGACGACUUGCAACGGUCCUUGGCAUCUUCAAUUGUAACGGCCCUAUCUUCAAAUGGCAGUGAGCGACUAGAGUCAGUUCCACCAAAACAAUUAGCUGACUUCAUUUUGAAUAAAGGCUUAAAAAAGGGAUCUCUCCUUAUAUUUAAAAACAGCAUUCAAUAAUUUCUUAUCUAUUCCACAUCUUAUAUUUAUUAUAUUGAAGAUUAGGGUGGUAUAUGCUUACUUACAUAGAAACCUUUUCGAAAGUCUUCGAAAGGUGAGGCCGCUUCUGAAAGUGGUUGCGUUUAUCUAAAUUAUACAUUGGUUUUACGGAUUGGGGAAAAAAAAUUAUCACUUGAAUACUACAAUUGUAGUUCUGGGGAAAAUGGAAAAUUAUUAACUUAAUAAUCGGCAAAUAGGUUAGAAAAAAGAUUACGAUUCUUUAUUAAAUUGGAAAUAAUUCUAAUUUUUAUAAAUAUAUAAAUAUUCAAAUUUUACAUAACGAACCA